AUGCCGAGCCAACUCGAGGGUGCAAUGGAUGCUCUGAUAACAGUCUUCUAUAACUACUCUGGACAUGAUGGUGACAAAUACAAACUCAACAAGGGCGAGUUAAAGCAACUCUUGAACAGUGAGCUCACUGACUUCCUCAUGUCUCAGAAGGAUCCAAUGCUGGUGGAGAAAAUCAUGAAUGACCUGGACUCUAACAAAGACAACGAGGUGGAUUUCAAUGAGUUUGUUGUCUUGGUGGCAGCACUGACUGUUGCCUGCAAUGACUUCUUCCAAGAGCAGAAGAAGAAAGCCAAGUAGAUGUGUGUAAGAAACCGACUGUAAACCAAGUGUAAAUCUUUGUCAGGAUUAAAUGUCAUCACAUUAAAAAAAGUAAAUGUUCCAGUUGAAUAAUUUGUAAUAGCAUUUAUACAUGAGUAUAGGAUUGUGAAUGUAACAGUUAUAAAUGUAGACACUCAUAGAUGUCAUGUUGUCUUAUCAAUUUUCAGCCUGGAACUGUUGAUGACUUUGUGAUCUUACGUUGAGCUUGUCUGAUCCAAAUUAUAGUCAUUCUUAUGUUAGAGUGGUGUUUGCAAAUAGAAAAUAGAAAGUGCCCUUUUCCUAAAUUGUCCGGUGUUGUCAUUGUUAUGUAUCUAUUGUGUUUGGAGCUGUGUUUUUAUCCUAAACUUGGGA